CUUGCAUUCUCAAUGUCAAUUGAGAAUUGUCAAUGUCAAACUGUAUGUCGGUCUUUAUAUGAUAGUGUCAACGUCAGAGCACAAGUCUUUUCAGUUUUUCUGUGAACCAAUUUGGAAACAUGGCUGAGGUUGAAGAAGCGAUUAAGAAAAAGCGCUCGUACAGGAAGUUUACCUUCCGAGGAGUUGAUCUUGAUCAACUUCUGGACAUGCCCAAUGAACAGCUCAUGGAGUUGAUGCAUGCCCGCGCCCGCCGGCGAUUCGCCCGCGGUCUCAAGCGUAAGCCCAUGGCACUCGUGAAGAAGUUGCGUCGCGCCAAGAAAGAGGCUCCACCAAAUGAGAAGCCAGAGAUUGUCAAAACUCACCUUCGCAACAUGAUUAUUGUACCAGAGAUGGUCGGCUCUAUUGUUGGUAUUUACAAUGGCAAGACAUUCAAUCAGGUUGAAAUCAAGCCUGAGAUGAUUGGUCACUAUCUUGGCGAAUUUUCGGUCACAUACAAGCCUGUCAAGCACGGUCGGCCCGGUAUUGGUGCCACCCACAGCUCCAGGUUCAUCCCACUCAAGUAGAGUGUGACCAACAUCUAGGUUAAGGAUAAAGAAAAACCUGUAUGGGAUUACAAUAAAGUAUCUCCUACAGC